GCUUUGUAUAGAACCUCUCGCUGCUAUAGCUGGCGGCCUAGGUCGCACUUUCACCCGUCAACGCCUUCCUUACAGUUGCCAAUGUCAAGAGGCGUUGAAUUCUUAUGCAACUAGUCAUACAACACACAAGCGCGGCUACCCAAAUCAUCUCUCCCAGGCCCAAACAUGCCUUGCCAUACUGCUGUUCCUGGCCGCUUUGGUAGCAGAUGCCCCAAAACCCUCCUCGGCCCCAGGACCCCCGUACUAAGGGCGCAUCGGACCUCCUCCCCCGCUGCAGCGCCAAUCGGCAACCCUUCACCCAACCCUUCUUCCUACCCAGCCCCGGGAUCUCCCUGCUCCACCCCGCAUGCCAGCACAUCACUUUCCUCCUUGCCACCCCCACCACCACCACAGCCAUCCGCACCGCCCCCUCCACCAACAACACCCCCAUCCGUCCCCGCCCCUGAACCACCAUCCGCCGCUGCUGCGGCCGCUGACCCCUGUCCUAGAUCGCAGCUCCUCGCCAGGCGGCGGGAGCGGGUCACAGCCGAGAUCAUCCAGGCCGCCAGCCGCGCCCGCCUGCCCGCCUCCCCCGACCAGCUGCGGUGGGGGCUGGCGGCGCUGGAGUCGCUGCUGCCGGGGGGCGCCCUGGCGCCCAACCUGGACACGCUGGGGGCGGUGGACUGGGCCCGCCUUGCCACCGACCCCGCCUCCGUCGCCUCCAAGCUGGUGCUGCUGAAGAGCCACUACCCGCGGCUGGACCUAGGACCCGCGCUGGCGGUGCAGCCGCGACUGCUGAUGCGGCCCGCCGAGCAGCUGGAGAGGGAGGCACGGCAGGUUCGCUCGCUGCUGUCCGGAGCUGCCGACCCGGAGCGGCUGCUGUCUGCGGUUCCGGAGCUGCUGAGCCCCGCGCUGCUGGUUUCGGUGCUGGUGUCCAUCAACAAGUGGUUCCACCUGGAGCGGGACCCGCUGGAGGUGUUGGAGGCGGAUCCAGACAUUGUACGGCGAGCGCAGGUGCGCAUGGCAAUGCACAGGAGUGGGACAUGCCGCUGGACCCUGUAUUCAUGGACGCGGAGGGCAACUGGGUGGCGCCGCUGCUGCACUAUAAGGAGAGACGCGCGGACUGGCAGAGGUACCUGGAUGAGCGGGGGGCGGACCAGGGAAAGAGCGGUGUGUAAGCAGGAGGUGGUGGACAGAUAUGCAUGGAAGAGGGGUAGGAAGGGUAAUACGAAACCUCAUGAAUGAUGUGUUGUCGUGAGAGCGUUGUCAUGGAGAGAGGUUUGUUGCAGGAGUAGAGUCGUGCACUGAGGUGCCCUGGUGCGAAGUGUGGCAGGAGUGAGGAGAUGAGUGAGCAGGUGAGUGGGAUCAUUAAGAAGAUACGGUAAGUUUUUAGAGUUGCUGAGAGACCCACGGGUCACACAAUAGCAGUUGUUACUUUUCUUCUUCUUUCACUUUUUUUCUCCAUGUGACACGCUGUCGGUCGUGAGAGACCUGGGAGGUGCGCUGAGUGCUGCUGAGAGUCUCGUACGUACAUGACAGUUGUACCUUUCCUUGUAUACCGUUAGUCAGUUGGUUAGUUAGUUACCGGUAGUUGGCACAUGUACCAUAUUGUACGGUAUCCAACUGGAGAGCGCUCGCCCGUGAGCGGGGAUCAGGGCUCGUGAUCAUGGCUGUGCAGCUCGGACAGCUUGUUUGAAGAAGAGCCCGGUGCGCAUGAAUGAGUGGGGGAGCGGAACAGGCUUGGAGUUGGAAGAGCAAAGAGCGGCGGUUGUACUGCAGGGGAGCUGUGAGAGUGGCGUGGGGUUACGGGUCGGAGCCGCAAAGGCGACACGCUGAGUCUGCUUCACAAUGAGGGGCUGCGGGUUCCGGGAGCUCCGGGCAAGCUGGGUGAAGUACCGGCAUCGUAGCAGUAGGCCUUAAUUACCGUAAAACUGCUGGCUGGUUGCGUCCUGGAAUAAAAACCACCUCUGGGGGAGGCUAGAAGCUCUGGCAGUUUCAUGUAAGUGCUCUGCCGGGGGCAGCGUGUGG